AUGGCAAAGCUGUGGCAGGGGUCUGGCGGUGGUUUGCACCCCUUAGUGGAGGCGUACACCGUAGGAGAGGACUACCGCCUGGAUGGCGAGUUUUUGCUGCCGUACGACCUCAAGGCAAGCGAGGCGCACGCCACAAUGCUGCAGAAGAUCGGGGUCCUCACAGCUGAGGAGCUGACCACUUUGAAGAGGGCACUCCAGGAGAUCGGAGACCUCUGGAGAAAAGGCGACUUCAAGGUGACGCUUAGCCAAGAGGAUGGCCACACUGCCAUCGAACAGUAUAUCACUGAGAAGUACGGGGAGGUGGGCAAGAAGAUCCAUACGGGCCGCUCGCGCAACGAUCAGUCGAUGACGAUGAUCCGGCUGUACUCAUUGGAGCAGCUGAAGACUGUGAAAGCCCUGGUCCUGGAGCUGUCCAAGGCUGCAGAGGCACGCGGCUCUGAGCUGAAGGCGGUUCCGAUGCCAGGCUACACUCACAUGCAGCGUGCCAUGCCCACCACCGUGGGUACCUGGCUGGGCUCAUUUGCCGCUGGCUGGCUCGAUGCCCAGAAGCUUCUGGAGGGUGCGAUGGCGGUUCUGGACCAGAACCCCUUGGGCUCGGCUGCCGGCUUCGGCAUCAACGGGCUGCAGCUGGACCGCGGGGAGACGGCCAAGCUCAUGGGCUUCGCGGGCGUGCAGCACAACCCCAUGUACUGCGGCCUCAGCAGGGGCAUGUUCGAGAAUGUGGCCCUCCAGGCCAUGAGCUUGCCAAUGGUGCUGAGCUCCCGCUUUGCCACGGAGCGGGCAUCGGAAAUGGGCCUGACUUCAUCUUGCAGAUCUCACCUCCAGUUGCUGCAGUGCUGCAUGCCAUCGGAGGAUAUGAUGAUGUUCACCCAGCAGGAGAGCCUCUUUGUGGCCCUGCCGGACAACUUCGUCACAGGCUCCUCAAUCAUGCCGCAGAAGAAGAACUACGACCUCUUUGAGAUCAUGCGCGCCAACGGCAAGGUCUUUGGUUCGCUGCAGAUGCAGAUCCAAGAGACAAUCGUGGGCUUGGGCAGCGGCUACCAUAGAGACUUGCAGUGCACCAAGAAGGCCUUCAUUGAAGCGUGUGAGCUGUGCACCAGCACGCUGCGCCUUCUCAAAGAGGUCCUGCCCGCACUUCAAGUCCGGGAGGAGAAGCUCCGUGCGGCCAUGACGGAGGACCUGUACGUCACGGACGAGGUCUACAAGCUGGUGGCCAAGGGCAAGGCCUUCCGAGAGGCCUACGGAGAGGCCAAGGAGGCCUUCUUCAAGCGCAAGGCCCAGGUAGGACAGGGAAUGCACCAAGUCGCUUUGAAAAGGCCCCGGAAGGCCAACCAGGCCAACGAGGCCAACCAGCUGCUUGAGAUGAGCGAGCUUCAAGACACCGCGAGCUUCAACAAAGCCAUCAGCGCCUGUCGCCGGAACUGGCAGGCGGCUGUGUCUCUCCUGCGCCAUUUGGCGCCAACUGGUCUGCGGCCGAGCGCCGCGAGCUUCGGUGCAGCCGCUAGCGCCUGCGAAAAGGCGGGAUGCUGGCAGCAAGCUGUGCAGCUGGCACUCACUGGCAACAUCAUCGUGUACAACGCGGUCACCAGCGCUUGUGCCAAGAAGGAGUGGCAGAGGGCCCUGAUGCUGCUGAACCAACUGCCUGCCAAGCGCACAGAGGUGGACGUGAUCACCUACAACUGCACACUGGGAGUUUGCGACUGGCAGAGGUCCCUGCACCUGCUGCAGGACUUGGAACAGCAGCGGCUGCAGCGCAGCGUGGUGAGCUUCAGCGCGGCCAUCACGGCCUGCGAGCGCGGGGACCAGUGGCAGCGGGCCCUCCUCCUCUUCGGCCGGCUGGAGCGCGACCUGACAGGAAAUGCGGUGGCCUACAGCGCAGCAAUCAGAGCCUGCGAGAAGGGCAAGCAGUGGCAGCAGGCGCUGGUGCUGCUGCAGCGCCUGGGCGCCCGCAGCGACGCGGUGGCCUUCAACUGCGCCCUCAACGCGCUGGCGCAGGUUGCCUUGUGGCAGCGAGCGCUGGUACUGCUGGAGAGGAUGGGCCCGCUGGCGGACCUCUUCAGCUACUCCUCGGCCAUGACCGCCUGUGACUUGCGGGAGGAGUGGCAGGUGACAGUGGCGCUGCUGGCGGAGCUGCGGAGGAAGUCCAUGCAGGGGAACGUGGUCAUCUACAAUGCCGUGAUCAGCGCGUUUGAGAAGGGAGGGCGGUGGCAGGAGGCGGUGGCUCUGUUGUCGCAGUUGGAGCGCUCCAAGAUGGAGACCACGGUGGUGUCCUACGGCGCUGCCAUCAGCGCCUGUGACAAGCAAACUCGCUGGCAGCAGGGCCUGGACCUGCUGGAACGUCUGGCGCGAAAGCGCCUGGCGGGGAACGUCGUGACCUUCACCGCGGCCAUCUCCGGCUGCGCCAAGGCGAGCCAGUGGCAGCCGGCGCUGAGCCUCUUGGAAAACCUCGAGGCGCAGCGUUCGGGCGGGAACUUCAUGACCUUCGAGGCAGCGAUCCACGCUUGUGACGCAGGACCUCGCCGGGUCAGAGGGUCGGCGCAGUGGCAGUUGGGGGGGGAGCAGGAUGCGGGCGACCUUGGAUUCGCGGCCUCACUCGUGGAGUUGAAUGCAAGUGAGCCUGCCAAGCUGUUGCCCACAAAGCCGUGCCACGGUUGGCUCCGAACCCUGCUCUUGCUGCGGGACCUGGCACUGAGCUUCCCGCUGGGCUGCAUGUGCGGCACCGCGGGAGGACGAAGCCACCAGCAAGAAGGCUCGCUGACGCACAGUUAUGUGAUGGGCGGUUUCCCGCUGAGAGGGGAUGGAAAGCCGUUCUUGUGGCGGGAUGGUCGGUGUGAGGCGAUGCGAGGCCCAAGCUGGCAGGAGGCCGUCCAUGCCUUGAGCCAUGAGAGCGAGCCCAGCUUGGCUGCCUGCACAAAGGCGGUCGCCGCUUGCAGAGGACAGUGGCAGCAGGCCUUGCGCUGCUUUGGGAAGGCGACUCCGGAUGUGGCGCUCUUCGGCGCGGCUGUGGCCGUCUGCGAGUGGGAGGUGUCUUGGGGCCUCCUCGCUCAGCUGCGCCGCGCGCGGCUGCGCCGCAGCUCCCGGGUCUUUGGCGCCGCUCUCCGCGGGAGCCGCUGGCUCGAGGCGCUCGAAGGCUUGCGGGAGCUGGCGGAGGUGUCGCUGCAGAAGACAUUUUUUUGCUGCAACUUGGCCACCAACGCGUGUGCCAGAGGCCAGCAAUGGCCAGAGGCGGUCGCAUUGCACGAGCAAACGGGCUCGGACCUGGUGUCCUUCGGCACCGCCGUCAGCGCUUGCGAGAGAGGCUCCCAGUGGGAAGCUGCUGCUGCCUUAGCUGUGUCUCUGCGGGAGGCGAGGCUCCAGGGCAACAUCAUCACCUACAACACGGCCAUCAGUGCCUUCGCGAAGGGCCAGCAAUGGCCAGGGGCGCAGUUGCUGCUGGCAGAGCUUCAGACGAGGCACUUGCAAGGAGAUAGCGUCACAGAGGAGACCAUCACCGGCCCAUGGCAGCAGGCCGCGGAGCGGAUCUGGAGCUCUGCACUGCACUGGCACCGAGUGCUGGAGCAGCUGCGCCAGGCACCCUGCGACGCCUUCACGUUCUCCUGGAGCAUCAGCCGCUGCGGCGACCGCUGGCCGGCCGCCCUGGCGCUGCUGCAUGAGCAGGGCCUGCGGCGGCUGCGGCGCACCGUGGUCGCCUUGGGUGCCGCCACCAGCGCCAGCGCCGCGGGGGGCUGGCGCCUGGCCCCGGCGCUGCUGGCCGCGGCAGACUUCGGCCCGGACCUGGCCCUCUGUGGGGCAGCGCUCAAGGCCUGCGCAGAGCACCCGCGGCAGACACAGCGUCUUUUGGAGGAUUUCAAGUUGGAUCCAGACGGUGCUUACAGCAUCGCCUUCGCUUCCGGACACGUGACAGACUGGCGAUGGGCGCUGAUCUUUUUGGAUCAGAUGGAGGUGAUGCAAGUGCGACAGAGCACACUGGUGUACAAUGCGGCCAUGAACCUUUGUGCGAAGAGCAGCAAAUGGCAGCUGGCAACUGCACUCUUCGAAGUGCUUGCUUCCAAGGGCAUGCGGCGGGACGCCAUCUCCGGGGGCUGCCUGCUGUCGGCGCUGGAGGCUGUGCAGCUUUGGCGAUGCUCCCUCCAAGUGCUAGUUCUGGAUGCAUCUCCGGACGCGGUCGCCCUGAACUCCGACGCUUUGACUUCAGUCACCAACGGCUUGUAG